AGAUAUCGCGAGAGGGUGGGUCCGCUUGGCUUUGGCGUCGGCGUCUCUCCAGCGCUGGGGCGCUAGGCCGGUGUCUCUCCGUGAGCCGCCGGUAAAGUGCCCCCGGCAAGGGCGCGCUAAGGGCCGCCACCCGCGCGGCAUUGGCUCUGGCGUCGGGGUCGUUGUGUCGUGACAACGACGCCGGUGGCCGUUUCCGAGACAGCAGGUGCGGCCGCUUUAGCCCCAAGCGGACUCCGCGGCUGCCUAGCGGGUGUCAGCGAGCGCCCGACCCUUCUCUUCGCGGACUCCACGCCAAGCAGCGACCCUGAGCCGACAGCCGGAGCGCCCGGCAAUGGCGGCCUCGACGGCCUCGCACCGGCCGAUCAAGGGGAUCCUAAAGAACAAGACCUCUACGACUUCCUCUGUGGCGGCGUCGGCCGAACAGCCCCGCGGGAGUGUCGAAGAGGAGCUGAGUAAAAAGUCCCAGAAGUGGGAUGAAAUGAACAUCCUGGCAACAUAUCAUCCAGCCGACAAGGACUAUGGUUUAAUGAAAAUAGAUGAACCAAGCACUCCUUACCAUAGUAUGAUAGGUGAUGAUGAAGAUGCACAUAGUGAUUCAGAAACCACUGAAGCCAUGACUCCAGAUAUCUUAGCUAAGAAAUUAGCUGCUGCUGAAGGCUCGGAGCUAAAGUAUCGAGUUCGGGAACAAGAAAACAGUGGAGAGGAAGAUAGUGACCUCUCACCGGAAGAACAAGAAAAAAGGCGACAAUUUGAAAUGAAAAGAAAGCUUCACUACAAUGAAGGACUGAAUAUUAAAUUAGCUAGACAAUUAAUUUCAAAAGACCUACAUGAUGAUGAGGAAGAUGAAGAAAUGUUGGAGACUACACAUGGAGAAAGUAUGAAUACAGAACAAUCAAAUCAAGGAUCUACUACAAGUGACCAACAGCAAAACAAAUCACAAAGUUCAUAGAAGAUAUUUGUUCAAUACUGUAAUUGUUUGUUAGAUCCAGACCCUGUUGCUAUAAUACACUGCUUCUUGUUCUCCACAAUUUAUGACUUAAGUACCAAAAUGCAUACCAGUUAUUAUAUAUUGCCAAGAAUUAAAUGAUAACCUUAGAGACUGAGUAGACUGAAAAUGCCUAAUUGAUAUCUUGUGCCUAGUACUUCACCACAAACACAAUGUAAUGUCAUCAGUCCAAAACUGCAUUACUUUUGUAAGAACACUGGUUAAUUUGUAUAAGAUACUAUAUAGCUUUUUAUGCUUUAAAGGUUAAACAAUAUUUUUUGGGAGGGGGAACUAAUUUAUUUUCGUCACUUCUAGAUGUGGAAGCUCUUAUAAAAAUUUUUUCUUUUUUCUUUUUUUUUUUUAAAUCAAAAGCCAAUUGAAACAACAGGAUAUAUAGGCUGAUAAAUAUUCAGGCUAAAAAGUAUUUUAACAUUUGUCUUCAACUUGAUUUAUCUGUUUAAUUGAAAAGAAUUAUAAGAGUUAACUGUUACAUUUUCUGACCUACUACCUUUAAAAUUCCUAUUGAGUUUCUUUGUGUUUACAAGGAAAGUAUUGAACUUUCUCUCAUCAAAACUACCUUUUUUUUCACCACAAAUAAAUUAUCAGGUUAAACUUGCAUUUAACGUCUGCUCUGAUUGUUUUUGGGUUUUUUUUGUACAUUGGGCAGACUCCAGAUCAAUUUUUUUAAUAAAUAUAAUUCUUGUGUAGCUAUCCCAGCAUUCCCUUUAUGUACCUGUCUUAACCUCCUCCUUUUGUUUCCUAUUCCUUUCCACACAUAUUUACAUAAUCCUUUACCUUUUAAAGGAUGAUAAAGAUUGUCAUGACAUGAGGAACUCUCUUCCUCUCACAUGUUCUGUCAUUUGCUGCAAUAAUGAAAUUCUUAUUUUGACCAUCAAUGCCUAUUAGUUCUUCUAAAACAUGAAAAAAAUAGAUUGAGUAGCAGUAGUACUGUAGGUAGGAAAUACAGUUCAACUGCUGAAUUUCUACACCUCUCUGAUUUACAGCUUGCUAAUUAAAUUGCUGUUAUUAGUUUGUUUGACUUCAUUAGACUUUAGAAAAUAACUGAGGUUUUUUUGCAUGAUGAGAGAAUUGUGUGUAACCAGUGAUAUGAUUGUUUACAGAAGUAAGCCUGAACAUUUUUUAAUUUAAAACCUUUACAUAGUCCCUGCUUUAAGGGAAUACAAUAAUGUUAUACUGUGACAAAUGUACUUUAUUCUUCUAACACAAUAAGAAUUAUUUGGAUCUUUUUCCUGAAAUGAAGUGCAGGAAAGUCCUGUGUACCUUGGUUUAGUGAUGGUUUCACUUCUAGUCAAUUAUUUGUAUCUCAAUUUUUUGUUAGUACCAAAAGAAUCCAUUAUAUGAACAGACUUUUAAAAUAAUUUCUGUAUAUUAUAUAUAUGAAAAGGCUUUUAUUGAACAGCUUAUCUUCCACUUGCAAGUUGAUGGAAAUAUCAGUAUGGCAAAAUAAAUAAAAAGUGGGAGAAUUCUU